GCUUUAAGGUGGGGAGGGUUCCAACCCCCACUUCCCCAACCCUCAAAGCUAGACUUCAGGGAGAACUUCCUGAAUCUUGAGAAUGAUAGGCCUGUGAUUGGGGAGCAAGGGCAGCCCUGGCAGCCUCUCUCCUCAGGUUCUCCUAGCCUGUCACAGUUGCACAUGAAACAAGCCCUCAUUGAACCAGUCCAGGAUCCUGGCACCCAGUCCAUUAACUCAUUGCCAUUGAGUCAAUUUCAACUCAUGGCAACCUCGUAUGUUAGAGCAGAACUGUUCCAUAGGGUUUUCUUGGCUGUCAUCUUUAUGGAAGCAGAUGACCAGGACUUUCUUCCACAGUGCUGCUGGGUGGGUUCAGACUGUCAACUCUGAGGUUUGUAGUCAGGCACAGACCGUUUGUGCCAUUCAGGGACCUCUGGCCAGAGUGGAGCGUAAAUCGCAGUGGGAAAAUCAUCUGUUUCUCUUGAGAUUAAACCAUCAACCCACUUAGUUUAUCCCUUGGCUCGAAAGUUUUUGAGGCAGGCAGAGAUGUGCCUGACUGUUCCAUAAGGAGCUUAGCUAAGAAGGAAAGAAAAAGCUGGGAGGUAGGAAACAGAGAUGGCUGGGGAGGCUCUUGUUUCUGGAAAACCCAAGGGGCUCCUUGUCAGAUCCUCAGAGGGGACGUCUGGCAUAUCCUCACCUGAGCCUCCUUCCUCAACUUUCCAGGUACCCCUAGGGGGCAGGAGGGAGACCCAGAUGAAACCCAUAUUAAGAAAACUCUGUGCUGGCCUAGAAACACCCAAGUUGGGUCUAGGGAGGAGUCAGAGGUUCCUACAGGGCCAGGGGGAGGGGACUGAGCCAAUACUUGGGAGGCUGAGGUCAGACCCCCACCCUCUAGCUUCAGCAGAUGGACAAAGGCAGUAUGACUCCCUGCUCCCACCCUUAGAAUCAUAAAAAGGUGGGCCAGUCUCUCCCACCCCUCCAUCUUCACUCUGAGACAGCCUUCUGAGGGCUCAUCCAUCCCGACGCCCCAGCUCUCUGAAGACUGAAGUAACCACGAGGCUUCCCUCCCCUCCACGCCCAGAUGCCUGAGUAGUGCAUUUACCUCCAGUCCCCUUCUCCCUAGCCCUGGGCAAUCAGGGAGAAGUGAUGGAGAAGUGGGCCGGCAGGCCCUGGCUCUGUCUGAUGCUGCUUCUGUCCCUCCCUCAGCUCUGCCUGGAUCAGGAGGUGUUGUCUGGACACUCUCUUCAUACACCCCCAGAGGAAGGCCAGGGCCCUGAGGGCGUCUGGGGACCUUGGGACCAGUGGGCCUCUUGUUCCCAGCCCUGUGGGGUGGGGGUGCAGCGCAGGAGCAGGAUAUGUCAGCUCCCCACAGCUCAACUCCACCCAGGCCUGCCCCUCCCACCCCGGCCCCCAAGACAUCCAGAACCCCAACCUCCUCGGGGUCAGGGCCCCAGGCCCCAGGCUUCCCGAAAAACCCUCCCCUUGUACAGACCAGAGCCUCGGGGAAGAGGUGGCCCACUUCAAAGUCCAGCUUCCCAGCUUGGGAGAGAGGAGACCCAAGAGAGUCAAGGAGCCCGGAGGUCCCGGGUUCGAGACCCCAUCAAGCCAGGGAUGUUUGGUUACGGGAGAGUGCCCUUUGCCUUGCCAUUGCAUCGGAACCGCAGGCACCCCCAGAGACCACCCAGAUCUGAGCUUCCCCAGACCUCUUUUAGAGGAGAAGCUCCCCUUCCAUCCCUGACUCCAGGAGCAGAAACAUCCUCCCCAAACCAGACCCCUCAAACUCAGCUCCCCACUAUAGAACUGUCUGCCCAUACCCAGUCCCCCCCAGCAGAGCCCCCAAAUUCCACGAUUUCUCAGACAGAGGUGCCAUCCCGAGCCAGGCCUGCCGCCUCAGGACCACACCCCAGAAACCAGGCCUCUGACACAGAGCCCCUCUUGCCCACCCCCUUUCCAGGAGGAAGUAUCUCCUUUCAUGUGUCCCCUCAGCCAAGAGUGCCAAAUCCCCAGAGGCAGGCCAGUCCCCAGGUAGUAGGGAGACGCCCUAAUCCUUUAACCACUGUCCCUCGGGGCCGAGGCCAGCAGAGCUGGGAGCAUUGGAGACCCGGGGGGAGUCUUCCUGGGUUUCAUAUGGAGCCUGCCCCUCACCACCCGAACGGCUGGCUGCCUCUCCUGAGUGCUGGCCCUCACUCCAGCUCCCGCUGGAGCCUCUUUGCUCCCAGUAGCCCUGUCCCAAGAUGUUCUGGAGAGAAUGAGCAGCUGCGAGCCUGCAGCCAGGCGCCCUGCCCCCCUGAGCAGCCAGACCCCCGGGCCCUGCAGUGUGCAGCCUUUGACUCCCAGGAAUUCAUGGGCCAGCUGUACCAAUGGGAGCCCUUCACUGAAGUUCAGGGCUCCCAACGCUGCGAACUGAACUGCCGCCCCCGUGGCUUCCGGUUUUAUGUCCGUCACACGGAAAAAGUCCAGGAUGGGACUCUCUGUCAGCCUGGCGCCCUAGACAUCUGUGUGGCCGGCCGCUGUCUGGUGAGGGCUGGGAGCCCCGGCUGUGAUGGGAUCCUCGGCUCUGGCCGGCAUCCAGAUGGUUGUGGCGUCUGUGGGGGUGAUGAGUCUACCUGUCGUGUCAUUUCGGGGAACCUCACUGACCGGGGGGGCCCCCUGGGCUAUCAGAAGAUCCUCUUGAUUCCUGCUGGAGCCUCCCGGCUGCACAUUGCCCAGCUCCAGCCCAGCGCCAAUUACCUUGCACUUCGAGGCCCUGGAGGCCGGUCCAUCAUCAAUGGGAACUGGGCUGUGGAUCCCCCUGGGUCCUACACAGCCGGUGGAACAAUCUUCCGGUACAACCGCCCUCCCCGGGAGGAGGGCACAGCAGAGAGUCUGUCAGCUGAAGGCCCCACAACCCAGCCUGUGGAUGUCUAUAUGAUCUUUCAGGAAGAAAACCCAGGGGUUUUUUAUCAGUAUGUCAUCUCUUCACCUCCUCCAAACCAUGAGAGCCCCACCCCAGAAGCCUCUAACCCCCAGCUUCAGCCUGAGAUUCUGAGGGUGGAGUCCCAGCCCGCCUCAGUGCCCCGCCCUGCCCGGACCCCAGGCACCCUCCAGCGUCAGGUGCGGAUCCCCCAGAUGCCUGCCCCGCCCCACCCCAGGACACCCUUGGGGUCUCCAGCUGGAUACUGGAAACGAGUGGGACACUCGGAGUGCUCAGCAUCCUGUGGGAAAGGUGUUUGGCGCCCCAUUUUCCUCUGCGUUUCUCGGGAGUCCGGAGAGGAACUGGAUGACCACAGCUGUGCCACGGGCGCUAGACCCCCGGCCUCCCCAGAGCCCUGCCAUGGCCCUCCCUGUCCCCCAUACUGGGAGGCCGGCGAGUGGACGUCCUGCAGCCGCUCCUGUGGCCCUGGCACCCAGCAACGUCAGCUGCGCUGCCGGCAGGAGUUUGGUGGGGGUGGCUCCUCAGUGCCUCCAGAGCGCUGUGGACAUCUCCCCCGGCCCAACAUCACCCAACCCUGCCAGCUGCGGCUCUGUGGCCAUUGGGAGGUCCGCUCUCCCUGGAGCCAGUGCUCUGUGCGGUGCGGGCGGGGCCAGCGGAGCCGGCAGGUGCGCUGUGUUGGAAACAAUGGUGAUGAAGUGAGUGAGCGGGAGUGCAUGUCGGGUCCCCCACGGCCCCCCAGCAGAGAGGCCUGUGACAUGGGGCCCUGUACCACAGCCUGGUUCCACAGCGACUGGAGCUCCAAGUGCUCAGCUGAGUGUGGGACGGGAAUCCAGCGACGUUCUGUGGUCUGCCUUGGAAGCGGGGAGGCCCGCGGGGCUGGCCAGGAGGAAGCUGGGGCUGGAACCAGUGAGCAGAGCUGCCCACCAGGAAGCCGCCCUUCUGACAUGCGUGCCUGCAGCUUGAGGCCCUGUGAGGUGACGUGGUGCUGGUACACAGGGCCCUGGGGCGAGUGCUCCUCAGAAUGUGGGCCUGGCACACAGCGUAGAGACAUCAUCUGUGUGUCAAAACUGGGGGCUGAGUUCAACGUGACUUCUCCUAGCAACUGUUCCCACCUGCCCAGGCCCCCUGCCCUGCAGCCCUGUCAGGGCCGGGGCUGCCAGGACCGAUGGUUUUCUACACCCUGGAGUCCGUGUUCUCGCUCCUGCCAGGGGGGGAUACAGACAAGGGAGGUCCAGUGCCUGACCACCAACCAGACUCUCAGCACCCGAUGCCCUCCUCACCUGCGGCCCUCCAGGAAACAACCCUGUAACAGCCAACCGUGCAGCCAGCGCCCUGAUGACCAAUGUAAGGAUAGCUCUCCACAUUGCCCCCUGGUGGUACAGGCCCGGCUCUGCGUCUACCCCUACUACACAGCCACCUGUUGCCGCUCUUGCACCCACGUCCUGGAGCGGUCCCCACCGGAACCUGCCUGAAAUGGGCCCGGGAGACCCUCUCCUCGUGGUUUUCUUAUGCCACCAGUGGCCACUCAUCCAUCAGCCCACUCUGUACCCCCUGGCUCUCCAACUGCCCCAGUCUUACCAGGGAUGUCUGUCCCCGAGGGUGAAGAGAUGACUGACAGUGACUCUCAAGAUGUUUGUUAGGUCUGAGUGGUGGUGUCAUGGUGUGUGUGCACAUAUGCCCCCAAAUGUGUAUCGGGGCAGCAUGGAUGUGUGUGCUCAUACAUGUGCAUAACUUAUCAAAACAGAGUUACAGACUGAGCAGGAAUGGGGACAGGACAAUGCCUGUUCCCUGAGACUUUUCUAGGCUGGGAGGAAAGCAGGUUUGCAGCUUCUUGCUAUUCUGAGCUACUUAGAGCGUGCACUCCCUGUCAAUCCCGACCUUUGUGUCCUAAACCUCACUUCUCAUAUCCCAGGCCUCACAUCUUCUAAUCCACCCUUUGCCCUCAGACCCCUUGUGCCCUUACCUAGUCUACCCUGACCUCUCAUAAUUGGCUACGGAGGGAGGUCAACUGAAGGUCCUGGGUGGCACAGUUUGUGCUCAACUACUAAAGGUUAGCAAUUUGAACCCAUUCAGCAGCGCCGCAGAAGAAAAGGCCUGGUGACCUGCUUCCAUAAAGCAGUUUUACUCUGUAACAUAUGGGGUCACCAUGAGUCAGAAUCGACUUGAAGGCAACAGUUUUGGUUUUUUUUGGAGGUGGGGGUGUUUGGCCACUGCCAAUCCUGCCUUUCCCCAAGAAGAGAGACUGCCUCCCCAGAGCAGGGACCAGCUGGACAGAGGAUGGAAAUGAAAAAUGUUACAAUAAGACACCCUAUGCCCUGCUCCCACCCCCACCUUCUAAAAUGGUUCCCACCCAGAACUAAUUUAUUUUCUAUUAAAGAUGAUUAUGACGAAUCAGAAA